UACGCCCGCCUCUAGCCUCGGCGCGCUAGCGCAGGCAGGCAGUCUGGAGGAGAGAGCCGCGGAAGCCGCUUGCCCGCCGGACAGAGCUCGCUCGUAGCUUCAAAUGGGAGGAGUUUUGAGCAAGCUCCGCCCCCCGAAGCCCGCCCCCGAUCCGGAAGCCAGGAGCCGGCGCCCACCCGCGCGCCCGGCCUUCCUCGCAAGCCCCGCCCGCCCCACAAACCCCGCCCCUACGGCCCCCUGGGCCCGCCAUGAUCCCAUUCAGCCCUCAGUCCCCACUCGUUUCCUCGGGUCCCGUCGGAGGCCUUCCCGCCGGGACUGUGGGACUUCACCACACCACUUUGGCAUAACACGUCCAAGACGAUACCCAAUUCAGCAGGGCUGGUAUUCCCAUGUGCUUCCCACGCUGUGCCGGAUGGCGGUCACAGGAAGCGUGUGCUGUCUCGCGGUCAUUCCAGAGUGGUGUGCAGGCCUUCGACAGUGAGGAUCGCUCCUCCUGGGAGCAACCUGGCUCAUUUUCCAAUGUAAGCAUUGCUGGAGGAAAAGACUCCCAAGCAGCGCAGAUCCAUAAUGCCCCAGACCCGUGGUCAAAGGAGGCUGUUCUGCUUGCCCUCGAACGUUGGAAGAGGAAGAAAAGGACAGUGGAGGAGGAGGAAGACCAAACAUCUACUGCUGGUCAGGAGGACAAAAGAAGGUGCCAUGACAGCAGUGGGAGUGGCCAUUCAGCUUUUAAGCCUGAGGUGGCCAACGGAGUCCCUGCUGCUUUUGUGCCUGAGCCUGGGCCUCUGAAGAGAGGCCUCAGUUCCCAGAGCUCAGAUGGCGAGCUGCGUAAGAGAACCUGCACCUCUGCUGUGAGCUGCUCGAAGGGCACAUGCGCAUGUGGCAUCCGUAUGUCCAGCCGCAAUGCGAUUACCAGUUCCUACACUUCUACUGGAGGCAUCUCUCAGCUGUGGAAGAGGCGUCCCAGUGCCUCACCCUUCUCCAGCCCAGCCUCAUCCCGCUCACAGACACCAGAGAGUCCAGAAAAGAAAAUGAGAGAAGAGGACAGUCCUCAGGGAUCUGGCUCUUCCGCUCCGCCGGUAAACAAGGAGUCCCAGGGAGAACAGGAUACAACCACAUGUAGGGAGCAGAAUUCCUGGGAUUCUCCAGCAACACCCAGCAGCUCCCAGCCACACAGACGGAAGUUUCCCCUGGUGCCCUCCAGGCGAGGGAUCCCGCUGAUCUUGCCUCCAGCUCCCUGGAUCGGCCGCUCGAUCACAGUCGAAGAGUAUUACCAGGAGAAGCAAGCUCAGUCACAGUGGCUGAAGAUGAUCUUCGAGGAUAAGACUGCCACCACCUCGGACUUUGAAGCUACGACCCAGACCACCAGCAGCGGUCCCAGCACAACCUCAUCACACGUCACAUCCGGGGUGUCAGCAGGCCCCGCUGGCAGCGGGGACUUUGUGAUGAGCGUGUCAGCCCCCCACAGCAGCUCCACCACUGGGGCAUUUGACUUUGUGGCAGGACGGAGUGGGAGAACUGGUGGCACGGCCCAUUUCUGGGCAUGCCUGAGUGAGAACUCCCUUGGUGCAGCUGGCCAGAGCACACUGUUUGCCAUCUACGUGGCCAGCACACCUCAGAACACAUCUGUGCUUGCAGCCAUCACCUCUGGCUCUGGAGCUGUGACCCAGACCACCAGCUGCGGGACCAGUACAUCAGGGUUUGGCAGCACCAUCUCAGCGCCCUUCACAUCCAGGGUGUCAGCAGGCCCCACUGGCAGUGGGGGCUUUGGGACAAGCGUGGCUGCCCCCCACAGCCGCUCCACCACUGGGGCAUUUGGCUUUGACUCAGGACAGAGUGGGAGAACUGGUCUCAAGAACCCUUUCUGGGGAGCCUUGAAUCCAAACUCCCUGGGUGCAGCUGGCCAGACACCCUCUGCUUUCCAUGUGGCCAGCACGCCUCGGAACCCGCCUGGGUUUGCAGCCAUCACCUCCGGCUCUGGAGCUGUGACCCAGACCACCAGCUGCGGGACCAGUACAUCAGGGUUUGGCAGCACCAUCUCAGUGCCCUUCACAUCCAUGGUGUCGGCAGUCCCCACUGGCAGUGGGGGCUUUGGGACAAAGCUGCCCCCCACAGCCGCUCCACCACUGGGGGAUUUGACUUUGGCUCAGGACUGAGUGGGAGAACUGGUCUUAAGAACCCUUUCUGGGGAGGAUUGAAACCAAACUCCCUGGUUGCAACUGGCCAGAGCACACCCUCUCCCUACCACGUUGCCAGCUUGUCUGAGAACACAUCUGGGAUUGCAGCUGUGACACAGACCACCAGCUGCGGGACCAAUACAUGUGUUUGGCAGCACCACCUCAUCGCCCUUCAUGUCCGGGGUUUCAGCAGGCCCCACUGGCAGUGGGGGCUUUGGGAUGAGCAUGGCUACCCCCAACAGCAGCUCCACCACUCGGGCAUUCGUCUUUGGGGAGGACACAGUAGGAGCAGUGGUGGCAUGACCCCUUUCCCUGGGUGCAGCUGGCCAGAGCACACCCUUUGCCUUCCAUGGGGCCAGCAUGCCUCAGAACACAUCUGUGUUUGCACAUCAGAUUUGGAAUGGGCUUGGUGCCGGAGUCCGGCUCCAGCUGAUGUGUGGGUCACGAAGGAAAGGACAGCGUCAGCGAGUGAGAUCAAUGAGGAGACAAAACACCCAGUAAAGUUGUAACAUCUCCUGACAUCAAGCAGCAGGGUCUUUAUUUUUGUAUCUUUUUACGGUCUACAUAAUGUUGAACAUUAAAAAUUAUGAAUAAUACAGUCCUUUUUCUGUCAGUUUACAUAAUUUAAGCUUAUGACCCAUAAAUAAAUAUUAUUUCUUCUAAUAGUAGCCAUUUAACAUUUAAUUUUUAACUUUCCCCUAGUCUAUUGUGAUUAGUAAUUCAUGUAAGCUACAUGCUAGGUGCUAAACAGAAAAUGGAGUAAGACAGCAUGUGGGCUAUGAUUUUUACUUUAAGCAUGUAAGAUUAUAUAGGGUUCUAGAUAUGUGUCUAAGGCUAUAUAAAGUUUAAGCAGCUUAUAUAAAAUGCAAGCUAUAUAUCUUCUGGUUAUUGAGUGUAACUAUAUUAUUAAUUAAAUCCUAUCCUACACAUGUGGGUUGAGGCUUACAUCUAAAAUCUAGUGACAGUACUCCUAUCACCCAUUCCUUAACAUUCCUAUGAAUACAAUAAAAACACCUUAUUCUUUCAUAA